AGUCAGAGUACAGACGGGGACCACUAUCAUUUGCUUGGCCACAAUGAAAAACCAGUCUACGGUUCACGCUCGAGCCGAGCGCGCACAGAGGCAGUUUUAGUUAAAAGUGAGAGUGAACCGGAGAAGGAGUUGAAUCCGUGCGCCCCGACGAGAACUCGUUGUCUAUUUAAACGCAAAAAAAUCCUCGUAUUCGCGUCCCUUUUAAUGAAUGAAACUUUAUUUCCAUCGCGAAAACUGACACCUUUUCAUCAAUGAAAAUCGUUUAAAAUUCGAUUAUCAACUAUGAACGGUCGCAAUUUGUUAUUGUUCGCCUUUUACUUUAUGCUACACGGUUGCAAGUGCCACAAGAUUAAUAAUAAAAUGCAAAUUGUUCGUGAUAAAGAUAUUGGAAUUUUUUCAAAAUCAAAUGUCUCAAAUAUAUUUCGAGAUGUAAUCGACCCCGAUCGAAAUACAAGUAUUUAUUGGAAUUGGUCCCCGUGGACGAGAUGCGAAAAUUGUAUGCAAUCGAGGUUCAAAAAAUGCAAAAAUAAAUCUUGCGAUGGUAAAAAAAUUUUCGAAGAAAAGUUUUGUAAGAAGAAACGAUGCACGAGAAAAAAACACAUGUUAAAAUCCUACUACGAUAUGCACAUAAUCGAGGAAGUUCGGGAAAGCAGAUUAUCCACGCGCACCAUGGUUUCAAAGAUAUGGACCAAAUGGUCCGAUUGGAGCCCGUGCUCGAAAAAAUGUAGAACGAAACGAUACAGGACGUGCAAAAAACCUGGAAGGUGUAAAAAAAGGAGACAAUAUCAAUCGGCUUUUUGUUAUACUGUAAAAACGAUUUGUGAAAAAUAUGUAUUUCAUCUUAUUGGUAAACACAAAAAUGAUCCUACUAAUAAAUAUGUAUACGAUUUACCUAAACAAACAAUAAAUUACUAUAAUAAAAAGAAAAAAUGUGGAAGACCUUUCAAAACAACAAAGAUGUUAAAAAUCAUUGGAGGAACUGAAUCGGAAAAGAAUAAAUGGCCGUGGCAUGUAGCUUUACAAAACGCUUUUAACGAAACAUUUUGCGGUGGGACUUUAAUAGCACCAAGAUGGGUGUUGACGGCUGGUCAUUGUUUAAGAAAAUAUCUAAGAGUAAGAUUUAACGAACACGAUCUAACUACUAUUGAUGGUAGAGAAAGGGACCUUACUGUGAAUAGAAUGUUUUUGCACCCGGAAUUUAAUCACGUCACCGUUGAUAAUGAUAUAGCUUUACUUCGUUUACCAGAACCAGUUGUGCAACCUGUUGCUUGUCUGCCUUCUUCAAACCCUAUUCCAAAAGAUUUAUGUUACGUUAUGGGUUGGGGAAAAGAAAAAUCAUACGAUAUUUUGGGUACAAAUACCUUAAAAGAAGCACAAUUACCAGUUGUGAAUGAAGGAACUUGUAAAAGAUCAUAUAGAAACUAUAUCAUCACGGAUAACAUGUUUUGUGCCGGUUGGAAAUCUGGGACGGCAGAUACUUGCGCGGGUGACAGUGGUGGUGGUUUAAUGUGCAGCUUAAAAAGAAAAUCUACAGAAAAGGUGUACGUAGUUCAAGGAAUAACAAGUUUCGGAGAUGGUUGCGGAAGAAGAAAUAAAUACGGGAUCUAUACGAAGGUGAACAAUUACUUGCAAUGGAUCCAGAAAACUAUGGACAUGUACUCGUAAUCAUUUAUAUUUAGAAAAUGAAAUUUCGUUCGGUUGAAAUUCAUAAAACGGGUUUUUUUAACAACAAUUUUAUAACGUUACGUAAAUAAUAAUAAUAAUAGUACAAAGGUUGUUUUUGUACCAACAGCGCCAUUAACCAGAAACAUGUUCACGUACUAAUUAAGAUCUAUUAUUAAGUAUUUCAUUUAGGUCAUUCACUCGGCUCGACACGAAUUGUAAAUAGUAUAACCGAUUGAAGAAACAUAACAUUGUGAUUUCUAAUCUUUAAUAUUUUUAUUAUAACGAUUGACUACGUAAAUGUUUAGUUUUAAUGUUAAAUCAACAUUAAAUGUUAAGAAUUACA